AUGGGGAUUAACGGCGACCCAGGUUAUAGCUCCUCCAAAUCUCAUGCGAAUCUCAAAAAGACUCAACAUUCUUUAAAUACCCCGCCAAUAUCCACACCACCCCGCUCGUCGACCCCUCCUACCACAACAAGCAAGAGAAUGACGGAACGGAAACCACAGGGAGAGAACGUAAACUCGUCAAGAAAUACAAGCAGAACAUAUCGCUCCAAUAUUGAUGCGGUCGAUUCGAAUGCGCUGAGCAAAGCCCUCAUGAGAGAGUUCGAGGAUUCCGGCGGUAGGCAUCGUGAUAUCACACCUGGAGGAAGCCCAAGCAGAAAGCGACAACGAGUAUAUGGCGACAGAUUUAUUCCAAAUCGGGAAGGGCAAGAUUUACAAGCCAGCUUCAGUUUACUGCAUGAUGAGGGGUCUCCAGCGACACCUUCUAAACAAAAGAAGCGUACCCCACAUGGUGAACUACACUUUCAAAGGACCGAGGAAGCCAAUAGGACAUUCUCUACCUUGCUUAGGUCCGAGCUCUUUGAUACCACAAUCCCACAACCCACACCUACCAGUUUAUCACCUGAAUCACAUACAACUACUAUCAAUGAUCCUACUAGAUCCCACACUCCACCUCACAUUUCACCUGCAGUCUCAUCACUACCUGCAUCACUUACUCCUUCUACUCCACACAAGAACCUCUUUACGUAUAUGUCACCGCGGCAUCAUACUAAUAUCGCUGGUCAUCCCACUCCAUCGCGGACACCUCAGAGUAGACAUGGAAUCAAUCUGGAUGUUAGAUCGGAGCUCUACAGUGUCUCUCCUGUACGAUUCAAUAGCCAACAGAUGCUAAUGAGUCCACGCAAGCAACCUCGAGUUGUGAGCAAAGUGCCAUACAAGGUGUUAGAUGCUCCUGAUUUAGCCGAUGAUUUCUACCUCAACCUUGUGGAUUGGGGCAGCAGCAAUGUUCUUGGAGUAGGACUUGGAUCUUGUGUAUAUAUGUGGAACUCACAGACUGGAAGAGUCAACAAGCUUUGCGAGCUAAACGAUGAUACUGUCACAAGUGUCUCGUGGAUUCAACGUGGCUCUCAUAUUGCCAUUGGUACCGGGAAAGGAUUUGUCCAGAUUUGGGAUGCAGAACGUGUACGACGUUUAAGAACAAUGACGGGUCAUACAGCUCGAGUGGGUUCCCUUGCUUGGAACGAUCACAUCCUCACUUCUGGUUCCAGAGAUCGUCUCAUUUACCACAGAGAUGUACGAGCCCCAGAUCAAUGGUUGAGGAAACUGGUGGGACAUAAGCAAGAAGUUUGCGGUCUUCGUUGGAAUUGCGAUGAUCAACAACUCGCAUCAGGUGGCAACGAUAACAAACUUAUGGUUUGGGACAAGCUAUCUGAUACUCCAACUUACAAAUUCAGUGAUCAUACGGCUGCUGUCAAAGCUAUUGCUUGGUCUCCUCAUCAGAGUGGUCUUCUUGCAUCUGGAGGUGGUACCGCAGAUCGCCGUAUUAUAUUCUAUGAUACUAAGCGUGGUAUCAAACUCAAUGAAGUUGAUACUGGCUCUCAAGUAUGCAAUCUUGCAUGGUCAAAGAACUCGAAUGAGAUCGUAUCUACCCAUGGUUAUUCACAAAACCAAAUUGUAGUGUGGAAAUAUCCAAGCAUGCAACAGGUCGUUAGUCUUACAGGUCAUACAUACAGAGUAUUGUACCUGGCAAUGAGUCCUGAUGGUAGAGUUGUGGUAACAGGUGCAGGCGAUGAGACUUUGAGGUUCUGGAAUGUGUUCGGUAGAAAGCCAGGGCAAAAAGAUGACUGCGAUGCGGGUGGAGGGAGACUUGCGGAUUGGGGUAUCAUUAGAUAA